AUGGCAGCCAUCAGUCUGUCAUUUUGGCAGGGAAACCUGUUGAACACCAAGAUAGACAAAACAAGAUCUGAGAAAGGCAGCCCUUCAAAAGGCCACUUAUAACUAGACAGAAACAUCUUUAGUAAAGCUGUUUGCCAAGUACCCUGUAAGGAAUUUUAUACUUACUGUUUAUCUUCCAUGCCUUUUCUGCUUGAAAUUCAUGUUCAUCUUUAAGGUCUGUUAAUUCCAAAUGUCCAGGCAGUGUGACAAGCUGGGUAAAGUUUGAAAUUGCACACUUCCUUUCUUUCUAUCAAUAUGCUCUGUGUGUACUAAUAUUUUAUGUAUGGAACAAUGUAGAACUGACACUUUUGGACAAAUCACCUACAUUAAGCAAUGAACUGCAUGUUAUUUAAGGUCUUCCUAGAAGAUCUACCAGAAGACUUUGCAGAUGCUUUAAAUGAAUACAACGCCAAAGUACAGGAAAAUUUUGCUCAUUUUCUUCUGACAAUUGCCAAGCUGGCUGAUAUGGAACAAGAAUACAAACUUCCACUGUCAAAGACAGACUUUACAUCUCAGAAUUGGCACAGCUCUGAACUAGCAUCUUAUUUGAUGGACAACACCAAAAGCAUAUCUGCCAUCUCACCUUUUGCAUGUUUAUCUGGAGUGGUUGAUAAUGAUCUAUUUCAUGAGAACAUCAUUAAUAAAGCUGUCUUACGUUCUCUUGGAGUUAAUGUCACAAACUGCCCCCUGCUUUAUUUGAACAAGUAUGAUAAUCAGGGAAGGAGGAGGCCACUCAAUGCAUAUGCACUGGACUUUUAUAAGCACGGUUCCUUGACUGCAUUGACAACUGAUAACUGGUUAAAUGAAGGAGAUGCUUACUACGCCCUCAAAGAUUUUUCACUCCUCAUUAAGUCUGUUGGGUAUGAUGAACUUGUGCUUUUUAGAAUACAAUAUAUAUUUCAUUUUAAAAGCAACUUAAAAUGUAACAAUGAUAUUUUUUUUUUUUUUAAACCAGAACAAGUCUGAGUGAACUAUGUGAUGAUCCAAAUGAUAAUGUUCUACUGGCAUUUAAACAACUGGGCGAAAAAUACGAAGAGAAACUGAAGCGUAUUACUUAAAAAAAACCAAACCCAAAGCAGCAGAUAUUCUUACCAGAGAUAGCAGCCUCUAGGUUAGAAAAUUACUAGAUCUGAGUUACCAAGUAAAAUUUCAGAAUAAAGCUUUAGUUAAUAAUCAGUACUAGUAAUAAAAAGUUUACUUUAGGAAGCUAACCUUUACCAAUUGACAUUUUAGCAGCUCUAAUGUCAACUAAGUAAUAUUUUUAAUAAAUUACAAACCUAAGUAAUUAUACAUUAUCUUUCAGUUGCACUUUUUUUCAGGCAGUGGCAUAUGUGUUAAGAUAGCUCUCAGAUAUGUACUGAACAAAUGUCACAGUUCUGACAGCUGGUGAGAUUAGCCUCUCAAUAGGACAGUAUUAGAAACUUUCAGCACCUUUGUGAAGGAUGUUCAGCAAUUAUAAAAGAAAUUGUUCUGUUUUCCAAGGUUUCUAUUUAAUCAUGAAUAGUACUAUCUUCAUGAACCAUUAUAAAAGCUUUUAAACUGGUCUGCAGUUUUAGUUUACAAAAUUUUAAACAGAUAGAAGGUUUUAUAAGAGAACACGGAAGUUUGAUUAAUAAAAAGUUCCAACCACAUUGCUUCAUUUUUCACCUCUUUAAGAGUCAGAAAGAUCCAGGACACUUAUGGCAUACUUGUCGACGGAACAGAGAGAUUUCUCUGAACAAUUUUUCCUGCACUCUGUAGGCUUUGCUUGCCAUGGAAGUGACAAGCAUGUAUUGUUUAUACUUAUAGACUGUGUGAAAAUAUGUGAUGUUUAUACUUGUUAGCUGUAUGUCUAAUUAUAAGGUUUGAGAACAUAAUAUGUUUAUAGUAAGAAAACCUUGAGAACCUAGAGAUAAAAGUACACCUGUAGAUCUAGGAAAACCCCCUAAAAGCAGAUUAAUUAGAAAGAGGUUUCUAUGCCAAGAAUGAUUUCAGGUCACCGGGACAGAGCCUCAGAUCCAAUAAACUGAGAGCACGAGACGCGUGCACAAACUGAGCUAUCCAAUCAUCUUGUUGUGAGCAUGUACCCUGAGCAAACUAGACUGUAUAAAUUUAACUGAUUUAAAUAAUAAAUUGGACAUUGCUUUGAUCACAUUGGUCGUGUUGCUAUGUCUCUGAGCCUCCCCAUUGAUACAUACUCGUCAAGAAAUCUGUGUAAUACAAAUCACUGAGUUUAGUAAAAUAUGUUU